GCACCACCAUCAUAGUAUCUUUCAUCUUUUCUUGCUAGGUUGAGCAUCAAGCUACUGCUUUACUGGAGACAUUUUGAUACACGCUUGAGCUCAAUAUCCCGGGGAAUUUGCAAUCAUGAAAGGAAUCCGGUUUUUCUUGAUUUUUGUGCUGCUUUCCGCUUCUUUGCUCUGCACAACCGACGCGGGCAGGAGCGGCAGGACCAGCAGCAACCAAAACAGCUUCCGACGGGCAGCUAACGGCUUCUACCAGGCUCUGAGCAGCGUGUUCGGAGAGGACAACAUCAGGGGGCUGCACAAGUUCUUCUCCAAAGCAACGGAGCGAUUCGUCCAUGGAGUGGACUCUUUUAUAGACGCCAUCUGGAAGAUCUGGUCAGAUCUGCUCGAUGUGAUGGGCAUUGAUUCUUCAAACCUCAGCCACUACUUCAGCCUCGCGUCUCUCACCAACUCCCCGGCUCGCGCCCUGCUCCUCGUCGCCGCUGUCCUGUUGGCCUACUGGUUCCUAUCCAUGUUCCUGGGGGGCUUCUUUUAUCUGCUGCACGCUGUGUUUGGCCGCUUCUUUUGGCUCGUCAGGGUCGCUCUCUUUGCCCUGUCCUGCCUCUACAUCCUGCAGAAGUUCGAGGGCGACCCCGAGCGCGCGGUGCUGCCGCUGUGCUUCAUCAUGGCGGUGUACUUCAUGACGGGGCCCGUGGGAGCGUACUGGCGUCGGGGGGGCGGGGCUGGUUCGCUGGAAGAGAAAAUCGACCACCUGGACACUCAGGUCCGGCUGCUCAACAUCAGGCUGAGCCGCGUCAUAGACAGCCUGGAGCGCCCCGGGGAGCAGUAGACUCACAGCUGGAAGGAUGAGGUUGUUUUUUUUUUGUUUUUUGUUUUUUUGUUUUUUUUGGGGGGGGGGGGGUUAAAACAAUACUGUUUCCUGCACAAAAUGUCAGAAACAACAGAAGAUUGAUAUCUUUCUUUCCCAUUGGCUGAAGCACCAACAAAUCUUAUUCUAAUUAAAAAAGCGUGUUUUAUGCGUGGUGGUUUUAUCCUCUCAGAUAAUCUGUGAAGGUCUUUUUCAUAAAAGCAACUCAGAUCCUCUUCUUUCUUUUUUUUAAACUCCUAAAAGUGGGUAAGUGGCUGAAACUGGUACGUUGUUAUAACUACUCUGUCCAACUUUAAAGGUGGUGGAUAAUUGUCCGCAGUAACGUUAAUUGAUUCAGUAAAAAUGUGUCAACGGGUUAAAGAGGUUUCUUUCGCUCAGUCACACAUCCAUAGUCGUGUGAGAAAGUGUGUGGCUCCAGAUGUGCGAGUGGUUUUCUGUGGGGGGGGGGUCGAGCUUGAAAAGGUGCUGUUUUUAAACGUCACCGUUGAGACUCGGAAACGACACAAACGGACAGAAAUAUCUCAGGGACUCGGCCAUCACGUC